CAACGUCAAAGAAUAUGGAAUGAUAUCUGUUUUCGAGUAAGCCUAGCGUGGCGCCACACAUUGAAAAAGUUUGUUGUUGACAUCAUAGGUAGCGCUUGUAACAUGAACCCUCUCAUGAGUUUCCUCGUGCGUGUAGUGUAUGCCGCAACUAUAAAUAGCCGGCCAUUUCGCUACCACCUGUAUCCAACAGGAAUCCCACGCACAGAUGAUAAUCAGCAAGAGGAAGAUAAAGUUCAAUUUAUCAAUCAUGCUCAGGUUAUUCAAUUUCUGAACCUAACACACUUGUCCAGUGAUCCAAUGAAUGAAGGAGUAUAUGAAUGUAUAUCUUUGACCAGCAGCGACAUACUUUCAUUGGUUUGGGAAAUAUACCGAUUUAUUUUACAAAAAGAGCAUUAAUGCAUUCAGCAAUGGUGUAUCAACAAAGCAGCCUUCAUAGCUGCUCACUUGAAAAGAAGACUUCUUAGCAGCAGGAAAGUCAGCGUAAGCUCACUGUUUGUUGCAAAGGAAUUGUAUAU